ACGGUGCAGGGGGGCAGCCCGCAGGGCUUCCAGUGGUCGGGCUGCUCCGACAACAUCGCCUACGGCGUCGCCUUCUCGCAGUCCUUCGUCGACGUCCGCGACAGGAGCAAAGGGGCCUCUUCCAACAGGGCGCUGAUGACCAUCCCCUCUCGUGCCUUGUUCCUCCAGGCGAUCCUGAAUAACAUGCGGGUGGAGUGCAAGUGUCACGGCGUGUCGGGCUCGUGCGAGUUCAAGACUUGCUGGAAAGCCAUGCCCCCCUUCCGCAAAGUGGGCAACGUCCUGAAGGAGAAAUUCGACGGCGCCACGGAGGUCGAGCAGAGCGAGAUCGGAUCCACCAAAGUGCUGGUGCCCAAAAACUCCCAGUUCAAGCCGCACACAGACGAGGACCUCGUCUACCUGGACUCUAGUCCUGACUUUUGUGACCACGACCUCAAGAACGGGGUGCUGGGCACCAGCGGCCGGCAGUGCAACAAGACCUCCAAAGCCAUCGACGGCUGCGAGCUGAUGUGCUGCGGCCGGGGCUUUCAUACGGACGAAGUGGAGGUUGUGGAAAGGUGCAGCUGCAAGUUCCACUGGUGCUGCUCCGUCAAGUGCAAACCCUGCCAUCGGGUGGUGGAAAUCCAUACGUGCCGGUGAUGCACCGAGGGGAGCGCCCAGCUGGUCCCCCCCUCUCUAACUGACCCUGAUUCUCCCUCGCCCCACGGCCAGGACUGAGGAACUAACCCCAGGCGCUGCAGGGAGAGCACAGCUUUUACAGAGACAGAGCCCCGGAGGAAAACAGAUUUUAAAGAAAAAAAAAUAUUUAAAGUUU